AUGUGCCACAAAACAACCUGCAAUACCUGCCAAAAAACAACCUGGUUCGGCUGUGGUUUCCACGUUCCCAGCGUGAUGGACAGCGUUCCGAAAGACGAGUGGUGCACGUGUGAGCCCAAAGUAGAAAAGAGUGGGAGGGAGUACCCGCCUGCUGGAUCUGUCUUGGGUGGCUUGGGGAAGUGUAUUGUUUCUUAG